AUGGACAUCUACGACAAGGCACUCACACAGCAGACGACCCAGCUGCAGCACAGCGACGACCAGGACCGCUCCCACGACGACGACCACGCAGACGAUGCCGCCGCCAGCGUCGCUGCCUCGGCCUCGGCACCCGCCACCCAGCAGGCCCAGCAGGAAAUCUCCAACCUCGUCACGGGCAUAUCCUCGUGGUGGUCCGGCGUGACACAAAAGGCAAAGCAGCACGUCGACUCCCAGGGCGGGCUGCUCAACAUGGCAAAGUCCGAGUACUCUCGCCUCGAGGCGCAGCUCAGCGACGCGCAGGCAAAGGCGAGAAACGAUGCCCUCGCCGCAUCUCAGCCCCCCACCUCGGACAUCGACCUCGCAGCAGCAGCAGCAGCAGCAGCCGCCCCCUCCGCCGACCUAGCGACGCCAACGUCGACCUCGUCGCCCGAUGCAAAGGGAAAGCAGAGGCAGCUCGACGACCAGUCGCAGGAUGCGGGUGCAGCUUUGUUCACCACCACCACCACGACGGCCACCGACGACGCCGCCCUGGCCCACCCGCUCGAGGCGGCGACGUCGUUUUUCAGCCGCAUCACGACGCAGCUCACGUCGGACCCGCGCGUGGCAGCGCUGCAGAAAAACAUCCUGGCUUCGCUGCCCACCGCGCAGCAGCAGGAGCGAGAGCAAGGCGAGGCGGCAGGAGGGCGAGGAGACGACGUGGCGACCGCGCAGACUACGCUGUCGAGCCUGUCGCGCACGAUCCAGUCGCACCUGCCGCACCUGGACCUCAAGCAGUCGCAGCAGAUUGCGUCGCGCUACCUCGAGGCGAGCGAGAGCUUUGCAAAGGAUCUCGGCAAAGACAUGCGCCAGCUGGCGGGGGAGCUGGUGCGCAUCGUGCCGCCCGAGGAAGAUGGCGCAGAGGGCCAUCGACAGGAGGUGAUCGAGGAGAGUCACGCCGCGCCGCCGCCGCCGCCGCAGCAGCAGCCGCAGCCGGCGGCGGCGCAGGGGGCAAAGGGUGCCAGGGAGAGCGACGAGGACGAGGACGGGUUUGUGUGGGACGAAGAGGACCAGGUGGCGGGCGACGAGGCCAAGCCGGCGGGCGAGUCAGCGGCUUCGGCUGCUACUACUGCUGCUGCUGCUGAAACGCCGGCAAAGGAUGCCUCAAAGGCCAAGGGGGCGUCAGCGGCGGCGACAGCGACGGCGACGCCAGCAGCGACUACACCGGCCAAGAAGGAGAGCGGCGGCGGCGGCGGCGAGAGCGACGAAGAUUCGGAUUGGGAGUGA